AUGUCAUCAGAGUUAAAUACCGAGGAAGAAAAGAGCGUCAAGCUUGGUUUAAGAAACAAGUAUAGAGGUCGAGAACAAGCUGAUCUACACUUAAGCAAAUCACCUUACAAAAAAUGGAUGUCUAGCAAUGAGCAUAAAGAUAAGAGGAGAAAGUCUAAUAGAGGUAGAAAGAAAAAGGUAGCAACAGUUGAAAGAACAGAAGAACAAAAAUCAUCUCCAACCACUACCGUUACUACUACUACCUCCGCAACCAGAGGAAGAAAGAAAAAAAUAGCUGAUGGAGAUGACAAAUCUGGUGAAUCUAAUACAAUGGAUGCAACUAUUAACGAGCCAGGAACUGAAGUUAAUAAAGAAAUAAUCAAGAGAAGAAAGAAAAAAAUAGCUGAUGGAGAUGACAAAUCUGGUGAAUCUAAUACAAUGGAUGCAACUAUUAACGAGCCAGGAACUGAAGUUAAUAAAGAAAUAAUCAAGAGUGCUAUUACCACCACUAAAACUAAGCCAACAAAGGGAAGAAAGAAGAAAGAAGUAACUUUUGAUAAUGAACCUGCAGAAAAUAAAAAUAUUUUUGACGUAGAAAUGGAUGUUGAACCAUCCGCAUCCGCUAAUACUACAACCACCAAAACCAAAUCAACAAGAGGAAGAAAGAAAAAAGCAGCCGAUGACGAGAGUGACAAGGCUAUUGAUAAUAACACUGAAUCCAAUACAGUUGCUGAUGCAGAAAUAAACACACAAACUAAAUCUUCCAAAGUUACCAGCACUACUGCUAAAACUACCAAGGGAGAAGUAAAAACAAAAACCUUGACAAAAAUUGAGAAAUCAUCUCCAACCACUACCGUUACUACUACUACCUCCUCAACCAGAGGAAGAAAGAAAAAAAUAGCUGAUGGAGAUGACAAAUCUGGUGAAUCUAAUACAAUGGAUGCAACUAUUAACGAGCCAGGAACUGAAGUUAAUAAAGAAAUAAUCAAGAGUGCUAUUACCACCACUAAAACUAAGCCAACAAAGGGAAGAAAGAAGAAAGAAGUAACUUUUGAUAAUGAACCUGCAGAAAAUAAAAAUAUUUUUGACGUAGAAAUGGAUGUUGAACCAUCCGCAUCCGCUAAUACUACAACCACCAAAACCAAAUCAACAAGAGGAAGAAAGAAAAAAGCAGCCGAUGACGAGAGUGACAAGGCUAUUGAUAAUAACACUGAAUCCAAUACAGUUGCUGAUGCAGAAAUAAACACACAAACUAAAUCUUCCAAAGUUACCAGCACUACUGCUAAAACUACCAAGGGAGAAACAAAUGAAUCAGAAAAAUAUAAUACAGCUACUAAAAAACAAUUGCAAGAAGAACAAAAGAAUGGUGGUAAUAAUAAUAAUAAUUACAAUUAUCAGCAAUUAUUACUGAACAAAGAAAAAGAAUUUGUUGAUUUAUCAAAUAAACUUGAUUUGACUACCAGAGAUUAUAAUCAGAUGAAAGAAAACUUUGAUAUAACCAUAAAAAGAAUACAUUCUGAAUGGACAAACGAUGAAUUCAGUGAUCAUGACAAUAAUGUUGUUGAUGAUGAUCACAAGAAAUCUAAUAAUUCUGAGGAUUUAGAAUCAUCAGAGGAUUAUUGCGCGGAAGAAGCAGAAGUUGGUGGUGAUAAUGACGACGAUAGCGAAGAAUUUGAUAAUGAUGGAAUAUUGAGUUCAGGGAAAAAAAAUUGCAAAAUACAAAAAGUUGUUGAUAUGGAAAAUUCGGAUGUAAAUUUAAUACGUUUGUGGCAUUCCACUUCAGAAUUUAUAACUGGUGAAUUAUCAAGAUAUCAUAUAAGUUUUGAUUCAUCAAUACAUCAACCAAGCACGGCAUGGCCACCAAAAUUCUUAUCGGUAAAAGUUGCAAAUAUAAAACCGAUAGUAUAUAGGUCAUUUUCUUUAUUUGCUCCUCACAAUCUUUCAGUUUCUUGCUUAGAAACUUCAAAAUUAAAAAAAAAUCGUGGUGUUGGUUUCAAACCAGCUUUAAAAUUAGGAGGAGUAUGGCGUUUUCAAUUAGAAUUGAUCGACGAUAAUGAUGGAGAUGGGAGGAGGAGGACGAAAGGAGACUGGACGUUAGAUAUAAUUAGCGAAAUCAUCAGGAGCCCCAAUUCAAUUAAAUAUGAAAUUUCUAUUUUUGCAGAAAUACCUGAAAAUGCAACAAUCGAAGAUGAGUUUAAAAUCUUUGAAGCGAAUUAUAAUAAAACAAUCAAGAAAGGCAAAAGUGUCACUACAACAUUAUCACCUUCUAUAAAGUACGAAUUGUUUACUACCAAAGAUAUUUUUAGUUUGCCUAAUCUUAAAGAAGAAAAACGUGUACGACAGCAACAAAAUGAUAUUCAUUUGAUAGUAUUAACUCAUGGUAUACACGGUAGUAUGUUGGAUCAAUUGUAUUUGAAAGAAUCAAUCGAAGAGUUAUAUCCUAAAGAUAAUCAUAAUAGGGUUAUUGUUUACUCGUCUGAUGUGUUGCACAUUUAUACGGAAGAUGGUAUUGAAGAAUGUGGUGAAAAGUUGGCAAAGAAAAUUUUAGAAUACAUUGAUAUAACGAAUGAUAACAGCGAUGAUGGUGGAAAUAGUGAUGGCAGAUCAAGGACAUUUUCUCCAACCAUUUCCAAAAUUUCUUUUAUAGGUCAUUCUUUGGGUGGAUUAAUCAACGUAUUUGUAGUCGGAUAUUUGUAUACCGUAACUUGUGGAAAAUUUUUUGAUAACAUCAAACCUAUACAUUUCAUAACAAUUGCAAGCCCAUGGCUCGGAUCUAGUGAUCACCCAUGGUAUGUGAGAUUAGGCAUGAAGUUUGGUGCGCUUGGUCAGACCGGUAAAGAUUUGGCUUUGGUGCCAAGAUCAAGGGAACAACAGAAUAAAGCAAGCGGUGCCGUAGAAGAAAAUACCGAAGGCGGGGAAGACGAACCUUUGCUCUUGGCUCUUGCAAAACCAACCUCAGAGUCUCAUAUCGCUCUAGCAAAAUUCCAAUCCCGUACAAUCUACUCAAAUAUUGCUAAUGAUGUACCGCAUGUGAGAAUUUCAUUAUCUCCACCUGACGUCUCAUCAGACCAUAUAGACAGAAGUAUAAAAAACUCUUAUUCAUCCAUUUUACAUGAUAAGAUUUAUACACCAGAUGAAAUUUCAUCACAAUUUUUGUCAUCAUCUAACGAUAAUGAUAAUAAUUCAAUUGAAGUGAAGAUUGCAAGAUGUUGGCAUUCUGAUCUGAGUUGGCGUAAAGUUAUUUUGUAUAUAGAGGGUGAUGCUCAUACUAAUGUGGUUGUUAGAAGAAAAUGGUUAAAUGUUGCUGGUUGGAAAGUCAUUCAACAUUUAUUAGAUCAACAUAAAUUUUAA